CGGGCCGGGGUUGUAUUCCGCUGCAUUGCUGGAGAGAAGCCUGUUCCCACAGGCAGUAAACAAUGGCUGGACGCUGCUCCUUGUCCUCGGCUCUCCUCCUGCACCGAGCAGCCAAGCAGUGCUGGAGACAGCGUUUUCAUUGCGGGGGUUUCUCCUCUUCCCUCCUGGAAAAAUGCGUGGCCAGCAACCUGCUGUCAGAGCCGGUACCGAACGGCGAGGCUUCAGAAGAUGGGCUGGGAUUUCGGAAAAGCCGUCGUUUUGCCCGUGAGCCCUCGCUGCCAUUCUCUGCGUUUCUAACAGACCGCUUUGAGAGACGACACAGCUACCUACGCAUCUCCCUGACAGAAAAGUGUAACCUACGCUGUCAGUACUGCAUGCCCGAGGAAGGGGUCAAGCUCACCCCGAAACCGCAGCUGCUGACCACUGAGGAGUUGAUGGCGCUGGCCCGGCUGUUCGUCCAGGAGGGCGUCGACAAGAUCCGGCUGACGGGUGGGGAGCCCCUCAUCAGGUCAGACGUGGUGUCCAUUGUCGCCCAACUGCGGGAGCUGGACAAUCUGAAGACCAUCGCGGUCACAACCAACGGAAUUAGCCUGGCACGACAGCUGCCGAGCCUGAAGGAAGCUGGUCUCGAUCUGAUCAACGUCAGCCUCGACACGCUGGUUCCCGCCAAGUUUGAGUUCAUCGCCCGAAGGAGAGGUUUUCACAAAGUGAUGGAGGGUAUAAACAAAGCCCUCGAUGCAGGCUAUAAUCCUGUUAAGGUGAACUGUGUCGUCAUGAGGGGCUUGAAUGAGGAUGAGCUCCUGGACUUUGUGAAGCUGACAGAGAAGAAGCCUUUGGAUGUGCGGUUUAUUGAGUACAUGCCAUUUGAUGGUAAUAAGUGGAACUUUAAGAAGCUGGUGAGCUACCAGGAGAUGCUGGGCACCAUUAGGCAGAGAUGGCCUGAACUAGAGGAGUUGCCUUCAGGAGCCUCUGACACAGCAAAGGCCUACAAGGUCCCUGACUUCCAGGGUCAGAUUGGAUUUAUCACCUCCAUGUCUGAACAUUUCUGCGGCACUUGCAAUCGGCUGAGGCUCACGGCUGAUGGCAAUCUGAAGGUGUGCCUCUUUGGGAACGCCGAAGUAUCUCUGAGGGAUGUCCUGAGAUCUGGAGCCACAGACUUAGAAAUCCUGGAGAUUAUCGGAGCUGCCGUGGGCAGGAAGAAGAAGCAACAUGCCGGGAUGUUUAACAUAUCGCAGAUGAAGAACAGACCCAUGAUUCUGAUUGGCAAAGAUCGUGCUUCUCCAGGUGCUGCUUACAACAACACUAACUCAUCCCGACCAAGUCGGAGGGGCUCGGGGCCCGUCUGGGUGGGAAGAACAUUCUGGAAUGAUGUGUUGAGCGGGGAGGGAGGCCUGUUAACCUUUAGGGGCGGAGUGGGGCCCACCAAGGGCCGGCCUGCCCUCAGAACAUACCGUGCUGCCCUCCGCAGACCCGGCAAGAGUGGAUCUGAAUGGGACGGUGGCCAGCAGGGCGGAACGGGGCAGGAGGCCGGGAGCCUGACUCACGUCGAUGCCCAGGGGGCGGCGGUCAUGGUGGACGUGGGGGGUAAGCCGGACACGCAGCGCACGGCCCAGGCCCGGGCCGUGGUGCGACUGGGUGAGCAGGCCUUCCGGCUGCUGCGGGCCGAGCGGCUGCGCAAGGGGGACGCCCUGGCGGCCGCUCGCUUGGCGGGUAUCGGCGGCGCCAAGCUGACUGCCCAGCUCAUCCCGCUGUGCCACCCGGUCGGGCUGCACCGGGCCGAUGUGCGGCUGGAGCUGGACGAGGCCCGGUGGGCAGCAGUUGUCACGGUGACCUGCGGCACCUGUGGCAAGACAGGCGUGGAGAUGGAGGCGCUGGUGGCGGCCAGCAUCGCGGCGCUGACCAUCUAUGACAUGUGCAAGUCCGUCACUCACGACAUCAUCAUUGAGGACAUUAAGCUGCUGAGCAAGACAGGCGGGAGACGUGGGGACUUCCACCGGGCUGACUGAGCAGCGGCUCAUUUGUCACCGCACCAGAACCCACCCCAUUUCCGAAACCCCUUCCCCCUCCAGCCAAGUCAUGGAAUUAACAUUGCAAAGCACCCAAUCCCAACUCUCUCUUCAUUCAUCGUGCGAAUAUAAAGCCCUUGCCCCUUUUUACCUUUUUUGUUGUUUGUACUCCACCUUGGCCUCGUUACCAUUUUUCCUUCUGCCUCCUGUGACAGGGGCAGGAGGGAGAGAAAUCCAAGGUCAGGGGAACUUGGGAAGCCACCUUCUCCAGCAACCUACGAACCCAUGGCACUUUUACCACACCCCCUCCUCCUUCCCCCCCCCCCCCAUAUUUUUGUUUCAUCCAGAAGCACUCUUGCACGUGACUAAACUUUUCCCUUUGUUCCUCCCUGUUGCCAGAUCAUCUGCGCUAUCUCCUUCAUCUUUUUACCACACGCCCCAGUAAAUCACCUGUUUUUUUUUGCCUCGGUUGACACACCAAGCCCAGUAAAGGGUAGGGAGUUGUUGGGGGGUAGGUGUGUGGCUAAAUGUGUUAUCGCAAUUGGAGUCGAAGCAGUAUAUAUCAUGCACCUUCCUCCAAAGGCAUUGAGAACCGUUACAGCACUUGUUAUAAAUGCACAUGAUGCACCCAUACUGAGGCCUUUCUGAACAGGAAAACAGCAGAGCCAAGUGGGAAGAAGUGAUGGGAACUAAAUUCAAACAGUUGGGAUUUUUAUUUACAGGCUUUUCUUUUUCAAAAGGGAGAGGAGCUCGGGUUAGAAGCAUUUUGGGCAGUGCCCUUCCUGGUCUUGAUGUCCCAGAGCAUCUCCACUGUUGUAAUCCCAGGGAAUGCUUCUCCAAGAGUCCAGAUGAGGGACAGCAGGAACGUGGGCUGGAGGGUGGGUGAGGAGGCAGCAGAGGAGGAUGGUGUUAAGGACUGGGGUGGGAUGGAAGGGCACGAGUGGGCACAGAUGCAGCACCUCAUUUGGAUGGCUCACAUGCCCCAUACAAUGUUGGCAUUUAGAAGUGCUCCAAAAGCCACAAGGAACUGCACGAGUCAGUAGGUUUGGAUGAUGGAAAGAUAGAAGAGGAGCUGGUCACGACAAAAAAAACAUCAGGAGGUAUAGUGGAAAGGUGCUGGGUGGAAUAUGGCACGGGAAUUUUGAUUGGUCUCAGUUAGGAGGUAGAGAUGUUAGGACCUUGAGAUGUGUACAUCUUCCAUUAACAGUUGGGUGGAAAGUAAGUACAGGAGCAGGGAUAAUGGGAACUGCAGAUGUUGGAGAAUCCAAGAUAAAGUGUGAAGCUGGAUGAAGGGUCUAGGCCCGAAACGUCAGCUUUUGUGCUCCUAAGGUGCUGCUUGGCCUCCUGUGUUCAUCCAGCUUCACACUAAGGACAGGAGCGGGCUUGUACUUGGAGCGACUGAGUGUAUUAGUCGCAGGUUUUUAGCUCCUAGUAUUCUUCCUGUUGCUCCCAGUUGUGUGCGCUGUUCCCUACAGGAGUUUUGCCUCUUGGGUCUUUCUAACUCAAGUUCCGCCUUCACUGAGCCGGUUCCCACCGCCAACAAAGCCAUUGGGCACGGUAAUGUUUGUGUCGUUGCUCUGUCUGUAUUAAAUGCUGUGGUUCAGUUGCCUUUCC